UCAAACAGUCAUUUGAAUUCUGUACCGCUUGAAAACGACCGAAUUCAAUCGGAAGCAAACAUUGACUAUUGCUGAGCAAACUCUACAAAAAUUAAAAUGGACAUCGAAACUAUAUCACGCACACGUGAGGAAAUGAAUGCAACAACGCAUGAAUUUCUCACUGAAUUAAUUCCAAAACUGGACAAUGUUUUUGAUAAAAAACGUAGCCUCUUCUAUUUGGAAAGCAUGAGUGAAAAUUUGAAACUUUUUUAUAAGGACGUAUUCACUGAAUUGGAAAAUAAACAAAACGAAGUAUCGAAGGAAAUUGAGGAAUUACACAUAGAGGCAUUGGAGCUUAAACGCAAGCUAAAUAUUGAUUUUGAAUUCAAUUUGGAUCGUAGUGAUAAGAUGCCAUUGAUGGUCUAUCGGGACAAACUUGAUAUGGAUUUGAAUGAAAUGCGUGAAAAAUAUCAUGAGAAAAUGAAUAAGAUUGAAAAUUUUAUGAAAACACAACAUCAAUUGUGUCUCGAACUCAAUGAAAAUAUUCGUGAGCUAUCAGUUGAUCCAUUGGCCAGUGAUUCAGAAAUUCACGAAGUUGAAAAUUAUCUGAUUGAAUUGAAAAGUGAAAAGACACGUCGUCUCAAUGAAAUUGAAUGUCUUCAGAAUGAAAUUCAUACACUUUGUAAUGAAUUAGGUACAGAUAUCAGUGAUCUAUUUCAACCGAUACCCACCAUGGAAAACAUAAACUAUUUGAAAACUAAACGUGACGAUUAUCAGAAGAAACAAACAGAAGUUAUGCGUGAAUGUGAAGAAUUACUACAAAAGUUGGAAAUUCUUUGGGAAUGCCUUGAGGCACCAUUCUCUAUACGAUCAAAAUUCCGUAACAUUGCUGAACAGUCAAAAAUUUCUUCAGUUUCUGAUUUAAAUCGCGAACUUAAAGAAUGUAAGGCUGCCAGACAGGAAAACAUUAAAUUUUUCAUCGAAAAAUUACGCUCAAAAUUAAUUGAGCAAUGGGACAAGAUAUAUAAAUCACAAGAAGAGCGCGAAAAUUUCGAGUUUCUACGUAGUGACACAUAUACAGAAGAUUUGCUAAUGCUGCAUCAAAUGGAACUAGAAGAAUGUAUAAAAUUCUAUAACGAAAACAAGAAUAUAUUUGAAUUGUUCAUCGCACGAAAUCAGUGGUGGGAAAAAAAGAAGGCGUUGGAGGCCAAGCAAAAUGAGCCAAAUCGCUAUAAUAACAGAGGUGGACAACUACUAAAAGAGGAGAAAGAACGCAAGCAAACUGAUAUUGAGAUUCCGAAAAUUGAAAAACGUAUCAAAGCCCUUGCGGAGGAAUACCGACGUCAAAAUAAUCGCGACUUUUUGAUAAAUGGAUCUUGUGUUAUUCAAUUGAUGGAACAGGAUUGGGAGACUUACAGAGACUCCAAAGAGUUGCAAAAAAGUGCAAGAAAAGCGGUUGCAACACCUGCUAAAGUUGGUAUGACGCCAAAAACUCCGUUGCGUGGUCAAGUUACAUUAAAACGAAUGGCUUCCACAACCAAUUUGGGCAUGACUACUGGAAAUCUGGCUAAGAAACGUCAUUUGGAUAUUCCAUCACGAGAAGUGAAUCGAACGGCAUCUGUUCAAAAAGUUGCCACUGCACCAUCCUAUAUGGUUCGUUCUCACACAAAGCGGAAUUUACUAAAUCAGUACAAUGAUGAAAAUGUAUCAGCGUUUAUAAAGCCAAGUGGAAAAUCGAUACAUCAAAGACGAUUGGUUCCAACAAAUAACAAGCAAUCGACUCUCGUUAACCGUUCAGCAAAUAAAAUUCUCAAAAAGUACCGACUUUCAUCUAACCGUCGUCAGUCUCAUUGUAAGGGAAUCGUUUCAGAUGAAUCGCUUGUAAAUUAUGACGCUUUCGAAAACAAUAUUAAAACAUCGCAAAUCUCCAACUCAUCAGUUGUGGAGCAAAGAGAUCACUUCAAGGAUGAUGGAAUGAUUUCCAAGUCUACAAGAAAUAAUAAUUAUCCCCUUAAACUGUUAAAUUAGUUCAGACUUCAGUAUUGGGAACGUUGCAAGCUAACGACAUUAUUUAGAUAUACGUCAACAAGUAUUUUUUUACCUUCAGUUUUCGUGAAUCGCAAACUUGAAACAUAUGUAUAAUCUUUACGAUAAUAAUCAUGAAAUAAAACACUUUUUUGCAAAUAAAA